AUGGCGGAGACAUGCCAACUACCGAACCUGCGACCACCGACUCUCGUUGAUGUGAUGAGAUACCGACUCCACCACGGCGCAAAUCUAGGCUCCGUCUUCGUGCUAGAGCGCUGGCUCACGCCGUCCAUGUUCCCCUCCAACGCCAUCGGACAAAGCGAAUUAUGCGCAGCAGAGGCCUGGGCCAAACUGGAAAGCCUUUCGCGAACGAAGGAAAGAUUCGAAACACAUUGGAGGCAGUACGUCAAUGACGGCGAUCUAGACUGGCUAAAGGACGUGGCGAAAUGUACGACGGUGCGACUACCGAUUGGCUAUUUCACACUUGGUCCGGCGUUCUGCGCACGUACACCAUUCGAGAGGGUGGCCGGGGUGUAUGCGGAUGCGUGGGGCUGUGUCUUGGAGUUGGUGAGGAGAUGUUCGCGGCGGGGUAUUGGCGUACUGCUUGAUUUGCAUGCUUUGCCUGGUGGUGCGAAUACGGGGAUUCACUCCGGGACUGAUGCUGGUGUGGCGGAGUUCUGGUGUUCCAUGGCAUUCCGACAUCUUGCCACGCAAUGUCUUAUCUUUAUUGCGAAGGAAGUCAAAGGAGUGGAUGGCGUGGUUGGAAUACAGCUUGUCAAUGAGGCUGAGUUUGAAGCGCCGAGGAUGUACGACUGGUACGACAGUGUUCUCUCCGAGCUGGGUAAGAUUGAUGCCAGCCUGCCGAUCUACAUCUCCGAUGGCUGGAAUCUGAAGCAAGCGAUUGACUGGAGCCAACGCCAGAAUUCGCUGACCGCACCCUUGUUGAAUCCCAUUGCCAUCGAUACUCACUGUUACUGGUGCUUCUCUACCGAAGACAAACAAAAGCCACCUCAGCAGAUCAUCAACGACGUGCCAGCCUCACUAUCCGCGCUCAAAGGCAAAGACGGCAAUAUCGUAGACCGUGGUGCGGCACAGGUCGUCGUGGGCGAAUACAGCUGUGUCCUCGACAACAAAACAUGGGGCAAGCGAAAUCCGACUACACCACGAAAUGAAAUCGUGUCAGCUUUCGGGAAAGCACAGUGCGAGCACUUUCAACGCCGAGCCGGCGGCUCCUUCUUCUGGUCAUAUCGCAUGGACUGGAUGAACGGCGGGGAAUGGGGAUUCCGGCAGAUGACGGAGGCGCACGCAAUCUCGACCCCAGCACACCUCGAACUCUCGCGAGAUGAAGUGCGAAAACGUAUUAGCGUCGCCAGAGCCCAACGCGAGGCUCGUGGGCGCGACGCUGUCGCACAGCAUAAUCGCUACUGGGACGGGACAUACCCCGGCCAUUACGAGCAUUGGCGUUUCGAGCACGGCUGGGGCGUCGGAAUUGACGAUGCCCUGGCGUACUUUCAAAUGAGGGGCCAUCAUGGGUUGGAAGGGGCGGACAAGAUUGGGAUGCUGGAUCUGUGGUGCUUGAAGAGGCUGAGGGAGGGUGGGGAGAGAUUGAGCGGUGGAGGGUUCGGGUGGGAAUUUGAGCAGGGGAUGCGGGAAGGGGUGAGGGAUUUCCAGGAGUGUGUUAGGUUGUAG